CUCAAACAGAUUCUCCACAACCCAGAAACACUCGUAGCAGAGACGGAGCUUAAACAAUGGAGAGAGCCACACCUGUGAGGAAGACCCACACUUCCACCGCCGACCUCCUUACUUGGCAGGAGGUUCAACCGUCUGACUCCUCCACCGCCGCCUCCCAUCGGUCCGGCGCUCGUUCACACCAGCCGUCGGAUGGCAUCUCCAAGGUCCUCUCCGGAGGUCAGGUCACUGAAGAAGAAGCUGAGUCUCUCGUGAAGAAGAGACCUUGUUCAGGGUAUAAGUGGAAAGAAAUGACUGGCAGUGGUAUAUUUGCUGCCAAUGGUGAAGAUGAUGCAACAGAUUCUGCUGCUAUGAGUCCUAAUAACAGAACGAAAGUGCGUGGCUAUCAGCAAGCGAUAAAUGGAAUUAGCCAAAUAUCAUUCAGUUCUGAGGAGAGCAUCUCUCCAAAAAAGCCUACCUCUAUUCCUGAGGUAGCAAAGCAGCGUGAAUUAAGCGGUACAUUGCUACAUGAGUCAGAUGCAAAAAAUAAGAAGCAGAUAUCAAAUGCAAAGAUCAAGGAGAUCAGUGGACACAACAUCUUUGGCCCUCCUACUGAAACUGUGCCUCAAUCAUUGGUUGCUGCACGCUCCUUGGAAUCAAAAGAAACUAAAGACCUUGGGGAGCCUGCACCUCGCAAUGUGCGAACGUCUGUCAAAGUUUCCAAUCCCGCCGGAGGUCAGAGUAGUAUUCUGUUCAGUGAAGAACCUGUCGUUAAGACAUCAAAGAAAAUUCACAAUCAGAAAUUUGCAGAGCUGACAGGAAAUGAUAUUUUCAAGGGAGAUGUUCCUCCAGGGUCUGCUGAAAAACCACUGAGCACUGCUAAGCUGAGAGAAAUAAGUGGCAAUGACAUCUUUGCUGACGGGAAGGCAGAAUCCCGUGAUUACUUCGGCGGUGUUCGCAAGCCCCCUGGUGGUGAGAGCAGCAUUGCAUUAGUUUGAAACUUUGUAUCCAUCUGUAAUUCUAUUGUGUUUGCAAACUCAUGGUACGUAUUAGACUGGAUGAUGGCCACUCAUGCCUUGUGAUGCAGUUUCUUUUGACAGUGAAGUCAUGUAUGUGGGUAAUGUGGCUUUCUUUCACGUUCAGAUUUAACUUUCUGAUCGAAACUGCUGGAUGAAUGACCAAAUGAAUUUUCUUGAUAAUGUGUA